UGAGAGCAGCAUGUUGUGUAUCAGGUUUAGCUACAGCGUGCUUUUAUUUGUUUUCGUUCCCCUCCUCGGUUCCUUUGCUGCUUUAUAUGAAGGAGACAAAUGUUCUUUGCAAGAUGGCAGCGAAGGCAAGUGCAAGCUUAUAAAGGAAUGUCCGGCUGCUAUGCAACUGAUACAGACAGGGGUUAAUCCGAUCAUUUGUGGAUUUGAGAAAAUUGAUGCUAUUGUGUGUUGCAAACACGGUGAAGAGAUAAUGAAUACGACUAAUACUACCACUACAACGGAUCGAACACCUGGAGAUAUAAGCAAGCAGAAAUGCGAAGAAUACGCAGAGUAUGCCUACGAAAAGAUCUAUUCUCCCACACUGUUGCUAAAACCGCAAUUUACAAAAAAGCUUGUAUGUAAUGUUCAGAGAAACAAACUCGUUGUGGGACCUAUCUUAAUAUCGAGAAGCGAAUUUCCUCACAUGGCUCUUAUUGGUUAUCAAUCUAACGACAGCGUUGUUUGGAAAUGUGGAGGUUCACUUAUAAGUGAAAACUUUGUUCUCACCGCAGCACAUUGCAUGUUUCCACUGACCCCUCCGAAGUACGUAAGGCUCGGUUUCAUAGAUAAGCCAAACGCCGGACACACGCAACAACUAACUGUGAGUGAAAUUAUCCCCUUCCCCCAAUUCAAUAACACCAAAUCCAAAUACCACGACAUAGGUCUUUUGAGACUCUCAAAAAAAGUUCGGUGUAACACGUACUUAAGACCAGCGUGCCUUCAUACACAGAGAUACAUUCCCUAUGAUUUAGCCGUAGCCUCAGGAUGGGGUAUCGUUUCAUUAUUUGGGCGCGAUAGAACCAAAGAUGUAUUGUCAGCAGUGAUGGAUGUGUUCGGUGUAGAUAAAUGUAAUGAGACUUACAGACAGCAUAUUCCAUCUACCGAUACGUUGAAAGAUGGAUUCGUCGACGAUUUGAUGAUUUGCGCCGGGACAAAGGCAAUCGUAAGGACUACUUGCCAGUACGACUUUGGAAACUUUCUUCAGAUAUAUCACGAGGAAACUGAAGAAAUCAAAUGUAUGUACGACAUCGUAGGAAUAACUGCAUUUUCAGACAGGUGUUCUUCGGAAAACGUCCUAGAGGUGUAUACUAGAGUAUCGGCUUACAUCAAAUGGAUAGAAGACAUCGUUUGGCCGAACAAUUAACUGCUUUCGAUUUCAUUUUAUGUUUACCUGUCAUGAUAUAGCACCUUAUUAGUAUUUAAUUUUAUAAUGUUUGAAUUUAGGAGAGUAUAUCCAUUUGUAUUAUUUGCUUUCAAUCUACAAUUAUAAAUAAUAUGGAAGUUAUAAACAUAUUCUUGCGUUCCCUGUUUUAAAAAAAUGGGCUCUUUCCAUUGUAUGUUAUUUUUCAUAUAAUCUA